CCCCCUGGGCGACUUAAAGUAAGAGUGUAUACCUAUUUGUUAUUACUUGGUUCGCCCGAGGGAAAGAGAGCCCGAAAAUUUUUAGCGAACAAAUCUUAUACUUAAUUAAGUACUAAAAGUACCUCUCUUUUAAUAUCGCCAAGCUGCCGAGCCGAAAGACUAAUAAAAAGCCAGUUACAUGCAGACCUUGUUGCGUGACUCCGGGAAGAGCAGCUGAUUGCUUAAAAAAAGUACUUACUUUUGAAAUACAGAAUGUCCGAGGAAAAAAAAGUGCCAAACCAAGUUGCAGAUCCAGAACUUGACGAACUCCUCGACAGCGCUUUGAAAGAUUUCGAUAAGCCUGCCAUAACUAAAAAGGAAGAUGAAUCCUCGCCGUCUGCAAUUUCGAGCACAGAAGAAUCAAACGAGGAAGCCACCACAGUUGAGGAAGUAUGGACUGAAGACUUUAUUAAGCAAGCAGCUGAUCAGUUCCAAAGAAAUUUAGAAGAACUCAUGCAAAAUGGCUCAAACAGUGAAUUGGGAGACUCAUUCAAAAAAAUGGCCCAAACUGUAGCUGGUGCUCUCUCUGAUGGUACUGGAGAGGCAUCUACUCCAAAUUUUCAAUCCGCAAUUAGCCAAGCUUUAAAAGACUUAUCAGCAACAUCUGAAAAUUUAGGUAAUGUGCCAAAUAUUACUGAAUCUGAUUUAGCAGCUAUGUUUGGUCAAACGUCGUUAGAAGAAGGUGGCACAGAUUUAUUGCCAUUCAUGCAAGGAAUGAUGCAAUCUCUAUUAUCCAAAGACGUCCUUUAUCCUUCUCUAAAAGACAUCAUUGACAAAUAUCCUGCAUGGUUAGAUGAAAAGAAAUCAACUUUAUCACCUGCAGAUUUUACAAGAUAUGAGAAACAAUUUGAACUCAUGCAAAAUGUCUGUAAAGAGUUGGAAGAAGAAAAAGAAGACGAUUCUGAAGAAGUUAAGAGGCAGCGAUUUGAAAAAACCCUAUCACUAAUGCAAGAAAUGCAAGCGUAUGGUCAACCUCCAGAUGAUUUAGUUGGUGACCAACAACCACUUUUUCAAUUAGAUGCUGAAGGCAAUCCUCUUGGAACACCUGCUUUGCCUGGAAGUGACGAAUCCAAUAACUGCUCCGUUAUGUGAAAGAAAAUAUAUGCUUGAAAAUUGGUUUUUGCAAAUAAAGAAAAAUUUUUGUGCAUGGACACAUUAUUAGUCAAUACUGUGUCAAAAGGUCAUAUAUAAUUGCUUUGCACAAAAAAGCUCAAAUAUAUUUUUGACACAAUUUUUAUCAGUGUUAACGUAGUACAAUAAAAAGUAAGUGGCUGGAA